ACCCAUGCAAGAGAGAGAUUUGGUUUCUUUUACAACAUUCGAUCAAAUCAUCAAAUCGUACUUUGUCUCCAAAAUCUGAACACAUUCAAAUUUGGAUAAUCUCCUCGUAUCGUUUCAGGGGCAACAACAUGGCAGACAGAAACUCAAGGUAUGUAAAAUUGACGAGAGAUAGAGAACAAGCGCCAUUGGAGGAUAUUACUCCUGGAGAGCUGAACCAACCAAUUGAAGUUACACAAUUAAAUUGUCGUAGAUGUAAUGAGUGUGGUCAAGUUUUACCUGAAACGUACCAACCACCUGCUGAUGAAGAUUGGGCAACUGGAAUAUGUGGUUGUGCAGAAGAUACAGAUAGUUGUUGGACUGGACUCUUUUGUCCAUGUGUUUUGUUUGGCCGUAACCUUGAAGCAAUGAGAGAUGAUAUUCCUUGGACAAAUGCAUGUGUUUGUCAUGCUAUGUGUGUGGAAGGUGGAAUGGCACUUGCUGCAGUAACAGCACUUUUCAAUGGAAUUGAUCCAGAGACAUCAUUUCUCAUUGUUGAAGGUCUCUUUUUCACUUGGUGGAUGUGUGGUAUCUAUACUGGUCUGUUUCGACAAGCUUUGCAGAAGAAAUACCAUCUUAAGGAUUCACCAUGUGAUCCUUGCAUGGUGCAUUGUUGCUUGCAUUGGUGUGCCAUAUGUCAAGAGCAUCGAGAAAUGAAGAACCAUCUAUCUGAAAAUUCUAGCACUGAAGGAACCAUUAUCAGUCCCCCACCCGUUCAAGAGAUGAAUACAAAUAAGGAACCCGCACCUUCUACAAAAUCUCCACCAAGUGAUGAACAUAACAAUUUGAAGAUACAACCUAUAUAAGAAUUUUCGUAUAUUAGAAUCCA